AUGAGGUCUGUGACAGACUAUGUUGUGCAGGUCUGCCGGCGAUACCAUGCCAACCAGCUUAGGCGCAGUCUGGCCAUUGUCUGUCUCUGCGCUAUUCUCGCUAUAAUUUUGCUUUUUCCAGGGGUAAAAGAGCAUAUUAUUCCUGUUAGCCCAAUUGAUCCUGUUAGCUCCGUUCAGCACCCAGUGGAGGUUGAUAAACCAGCUCCCAUUCCCGAGCCGAGCUUUUUUGUGAUCGAUGGUUCCACGGGUGGUAAUGACACACUGGUACAUAUUAUAGAAACCGAACAGGAAUCGGAUGAGAUUGUCUAUGAUCCUUAUCCGGACUACAAUAGUGCUGCCUGGAAAGCGAAAUGGAAAGGCGCGUAUCAGCAAUGUGUUGGUCCGAGCGGAGCACUUCUGGACAGAGAGAACAAAGACUUAUUUAUGAAAGGAUAUAGAUGGAAUAUGUCAAGUACGGAUAUUGAAAUCACAGUUUCUCUUUGGUGUUUCUUACUAAUUGAGACAGCCUUUCCCAAACCUGUUUUCGGUUCAUACGAAGCAUGGAAUCUCGACAAUAGUCUUUGUACCGAUCGGUACUCCCAGUAUGGUGCCUAUGGCUACGGCAAUGAAACCAAUGAGAUCUGGGCGAAUGUGAACUUGGGGAAUUUACAACAAGAAUGUUUACAGCGAAAUGCUGAGCGAUAUCAGGAUCGCAACCCCGCGGAAAAGGCAUUGACUCUCGAUAAGAUCCAUGAUGUAUUUGGAAACCAAGACGCGGCUGCGACUGCUGAAGAUAACUCUAGCACUGGUUAUCACAGUCGCACGGCAGUCAUUCUACGCUCAUGGAUCAACAAAGUGUACACAGCAAAUGACAUCCACUUCAUUCGUUCCAUGGUCAUGGAACUGUCUCUCCUUUCCGGCGCAGAAUAUGAAGUCAUCCUUCUAAUAGAUUCAACCGGCACUGAACUACCGAACCCGGCAGACCUAGAAGGCAUGGAUCGAUUCAAAAAGGACCAUCUCCCAGAGGAACUCCAAGACAUUGCGGUUUUCUUCAACGAGAAGAUUCUGGCGGACUGGUACCCAAAGAUUGAUGUCCACAUGGCGAUCUUACAAUAUUUCCAACCAAUCCAAAUUUUCUCUCGGCUGAAUCCACAAUACGAAUACACCUGGCAAUUUGAGUUGGACGCACGCUACACAGGACAUCUAUACCACUUCCUUGAACAGGCAGCCGCCUUCGCAAAGAAACAACCACGCAAAAACAUGUGGGAGCGCAACUCCUACUUCUACAUUCCAGCCGUCCACGGCGACUGGGAAACGUUCAUGGAUACAGUGGAUCAAAGCAUGAAUUCUCGCGAAGGAAUCUGGGGGCCCAAGCCCGCCCUCGGCAUCAACGUCGAAGACGAGGCUCCAAAGGUCCCGACCUCCGAUAACCAGGAUAACCUCUGGAAGUGGGGAAUCGGCGAGGAAGCCGACGUAAUUACCUGGAUGCCCCAGUUCAACCCCAAGAACACCGGCUGGCCCUUCCGUGACCGGAUCUUCAAUUUCUGGCAGGGUACUCGUACGCCCGUCCGUGCGUCUCCGGUUGCUAUGUCGCGUGUUUCGGCACGGCUGCUCAGACUGAUGCAUCAGGAUAAGACGCGCGAUGGAUUUGGUCUUGCGUCGGAGAUGUCACCGGUCUCUUGGGCUUUGUUUUAUGGGUUGAAGUCUGUUCAGGUUCCGAUGCCGAUUUACCAUGAGUUGAAGUGGGAUCCUGUUGAGUUGAAUGGAAGGGCUAAUCCAGGGAAGCCGGGCAAUGUUAAUGCGGGGCAGAACAGUAUUUGGACCUGGCAGAUGCAUGAUGAUAUCAUGUUGAAAUUGUCUUAUAUGUUUUCGUCGGACUUCCCCGGGAAGCUCUAUAGAGCUUGGUUGGGGCUUGAUGAUGCUGUUGAGCGCGAGGAAAGUCACCGGCGUCUUUGUCUGCCCCCUAUGCUCUUGCAUCCGGUCAAAAAUACCGAGUAA